AUGACGCACGAGCAUCGUCAUGAGCGCGACAUUGAGGCGGAGAUCGAGCGGAUCAAGAACCUGCCGGAAGAGGAGAAGCGGAAGCUGGAUGAGCGCGCGCGCAACGGGGAGACAGUGGUUCCCGGGGGAACGGGCGGGAAGUCGCUCGAGGCCCAGCUCCACCUCGCAGAAGGGCGCCACAAGGGAGGUCUCCACCGCGCGCAGGAGCCGGGGCACGAGGGGUACCACGAGAUGGGAAAGAAGGGCGGCCUGGCCAGCUCGGGGGAUGACCCCGAGCAGAGGGCCCAGAGGGAGGGCAUUCACAUCGACGAGUCCAAGUUCCGCAAGUCGCUGCACUGUGCACUGAGCUUGGCGGCAGCUCAGCUGGUCAAACUUCCCAUUGCCCUUGAAAUCCUAGCCUGCGUGUGUCCUUGA